CUAAUCCUGCGAAAAAUAUUUAUCCGGAUUUAAAAUCGGAAAGUUAUUGUGUCGUUUCGUAUCAUUAAAAAUGGCGCAUUGGUUAGCUACAUUGGUCGUAAUUGCUGUUAUCUUUACAACAAAUAAUUUUGUUAAAUGUACAAAACAAAAAAAAUCAAGAGAGAGUGUAAAUAUUCAACUGGAACAAAAGGUUCAAAACUUAGUAGACUUAAACAGCAGACGACCUGUUAUUCGCAUGAAUGGUGACAAAUACAGGCAGUAUGUUAAAACUAGUCCAAAGAACUACUCAAUAAUACUCAUGCUUACAGCAUUAUCUCCACAAAGACAAUGUGCAAUAUGCAAAGAGGUAAAUAGUGAAUAUCAGAUUCUUGCAAGCUCUUGGCGGUAUUCAAAUGGUUUUACUAGUAACAAAUUAUUUUUUGCUAUGGUUGACUUUGAUGAGGGCUCUGAUGUUUUCCAAGCAUUAAAAUUGAACUCAGCUCCUGUAAUAAUGCAUUUUCCUGCAAGAGGACCUCAAAAAAAAGUCGAUACAUAUGAUAUGGGCAGACAAGGGUUUGCUGCAGAGCAAUUAGCAAAAUGGGUGUUGGACAGAACAGAUGUAUCAAUUCAUAUAAUGCGACCACCAAACUAUGUAAUGGCAAUGACAAUUGGUGUAUUGUUAGCAUUGAUUGGUGCACUUUUGUAUGUAAAGAGAAAAAGUUUAGAGGUGUUCUACAACAGAGAUUAUUGGGCAAUAUUUGCUUUGAUAAUUGUUUUUAUAAUGAUAUCUGGUCAAAUGUGGAAUCAUAUUCGAGGACCACCCUACGCACAUAGAAAUCCACAGACUGGUGAAAUUGCUUACAUUCAUGGUAGUAGUGACGGUCAGCUUAUUGCUGAAACUUACAUAGUGUUUGUUUUGUAUGGUUGCAUUAGCACUGGUUUUAUAUUACUCAAUGAUAAUGCUAUGUCGCAAAAUGAUCCCAAAAAGCGAAAGAUGUUUACUAUAAUAGGACUUGCUAUAAUCGUCUUGUUUUUCAGUUUAAUUUUAUCUGUGUUUAGAGGAAAAUACCAUGGCUACCCUUACAGCUUUUUAAUUAAAUGAUGUUUGAGUGGAUUAUACAAAUUGAAAUGUUGGCCGAGAGUUGAUAUGAUAUAGAACAGCGAUGUUGACGACUAUUGAAGCUAAUAAAUAAUACUAUUUUAUCCAAUGUACCAAAUGCCACAAAAAAAUUUUAAUAAAAUAAGUUUAUUAAAAAAAUACGAUUUUGUUGUUUUUUUAUUUCCAAAAUUGUAGAAUGUGUCGCGUUUGCCAAAAUUGUAAUAGUGUUGCUAUUAGCUAUUUAAUAAAUGAGAAAAUUAUAAAAAUUUAA